AUGGCUAAGAGUAAGAGUACUAGAAGGAAUGUGCAAGAGACUGGGGAAAACUCAGGCGUGAAUGAUCCGAAUGGUCGGAAUCCUGAGGUGGAUGCACCGAACGCUACUGAAGCGGCCACUGAGGCGGCUGCUGCUGCCGCCGCUGCUGCCGCGGCUCCUCCCGUUGGGAUGGAAGCCCUGUUGGGACUGCUCGCCCAAGUGUUGGAGCGUCUGCCCGUUCCUCCCGCUCCCGCAGCGGAACCGGAAGUGGUUGAGGAACCGGUGGAAGUGAAUGUGAAUGUGGGUGUGGAAGAGGAUCCGGGAGAAAGGGUUCCAUCGUAUCUGCGGAUGAUGGAGCAGAUGCAGAAGCUGGGAACCCGGUUCUUCUCCGGAGGUGGAUCCAAGCCGGUUGAGGCGGACCAGUGGAUCACUCGAUUGGAGCGGAACUUUAGUUCCAUCCGUUGUCCCGGACAGUACAAGAGGGACAUUGCGAUCCACUACCUGGAAGGGGAUGCGCAUACUUGGUGGGGAGGUGUAGUUGCUCGGAACGGAGGUGUUCAGAACUGCACUUGGAUGAUCUUCCGUGAGGAGUUCACGAAGAAGUUCUUCCCACCAGAGGCGUUUGAUAGGAUGGAGAUGGCGUUUCUGGAACUGCGCCAAGGCAGUAAGACCGUCCGGGAGUAUGAGGCGGAGUUUAACUCUCUGAAGAAGUUCGCUGGGCGCGAACUGGACAGAGAGAGCGCGCAAGUCCGUAGGUUCAUGCGCGGCCUUAGGGCGGAUAUUCAGAACCGUUGCCAGAUCCGUAGCUUUGAUACUGUUGCCGAGUUAGUCGAGAAGGCGGCUCAGCAGGAGACUGGAAUGAUCGAGGAGAUGAAACUGAUGGGAAAGGAACUCCAUGUUCAGUCUAAGAACAUAGUCGGGAAGAACCCGAACGCUUCCGGCAAGUCGACUGCGGGACGCAGUGCAUGUCCGGAAUGCGGAAAGAAUCAUGCUGGCCCGUGUAGGAAGGCUUCUGGUGCAUGUCUUCGCUGUGGAAGUCAGGACCACAAGGUUCGUGACUGUCCAGAGGAAGAUAAGAGGCCGAAGGAUCAGGCUAAGGAAGGCCGAGUAGUGGUCUGUUACGGAUGUAACGAGACGGGACACUACAAGGACAAGUGCCCACACAGACAGACAACUGGGAAGCGAGCAAGUGAGGGACCGGACUCGGGUGCAAAGAGGCAGGCGGUCACUCCUCGUCUGUACUCGAUUGGAGAUGCGGCCACGGACCCAAGCUCAUCUCGUCCGAUCACUGGGACCUUAAUCAUGGGUGGCGUGGCGGCCCAUGUUCUGUUUGAUUCGGGUGCAUCGCAUUGCUUUGUACACCCGAGUCUGGUCGGCACUGGCGAGUUCCGCAAGGAACCCGGUGAAGACCAUGGGAUGGUUCAAGCGGCUGGUGGCCAAGUUAUGUUUACCUUGGGGAAGAUCAGGAACGUGUCGGUUAUGAUCGGAGAGGUAAACAUGCCAGCUGACUUGGUGAUUUGCGAGGUGAAGUCUUAUGAUGUGAUCCUUGGAAUGGAUUGGCUUGGGAAGCACAAGGCACAUCUAGACUGUCAUCGGGGAAGAGUGUGGUUUGAAACCGAGAAGGGUAAACUGAAGUAUCAGGGAGUUAGACCGACAGCGGGAAGCUUGAUCAUCUCGGCGGUCCAAGCGGAUCGGAUGAUCGAGAAGGGCUGUGAAGCGUACUUGGCCGCGAUCACUACUACGGAAGUCGGGAAAGACGCUAGCCUUAGCGAGAUUCCAGUAGUUAGUGAAUUCGAGGAUGUGUUCCAGGCAUUGUCUGGACUGCCUCCGGAUCGAUCGGAUCCGUUCACGAUCGAACUGGAACCUGGAACCGCCCCGGUGUCUAAGGCAUCUUACCGGAUGGCGCCGGCUGAGAUGGCCGAACUGAAGAAGCAGCUGAACGACCUAAUGGAAAAGGGUUUUGUUCGGCCAAGUAGUUCGCCAUGGGGUGCACCUGUUCUGUUCGUGAAGAAGAAAGACGGAAGUUUUAGACUCUGUAUAGAUUACCGCGGUUUGAACCGGGUAACAGUGAAGAACAAGUACCCUCUCCCGAGGAUAGACGAGUUGUUGGACCAACUCCGAGGUGCUACUUGGUUCUCAAAGAUCGAUUUAGCCUCGGGCUAUCAUCAGAUUCCGAUAGCAGAGUCGGAUGUGAGGAAGACCGCCUUUAGGACGAGGUACGGUCACUAUGAGUUCGUGGUCAUGCCGUUCGGGCUGACCAAUGCACCGGCUGCAUUUAUGAAACUCAUGAACAAUGUGUUCCGAGAUUGCUUGGAUGAGUUCGUUAUCAUCUUCAUUGAUGAUAUACUGAUUUACUCUAAGAGUCCGGAGGAACAUACGGUCCAUUUGAGUACGGUGAUGAAGCGGUUGCGGGAGCAUCACCUGUUCGCCAAGCUCAGUAAGUGUAGCUUCUGGCAAAGGGAAAUUGGAUUCCUAGGCCAUGUGGUCUCGGACAAGGGAGUGUCCGUGGAUCCGGAGAAGAUCAAGUCGAUCGCAGAAUGGCCAAGACCAAGGAAUGCGUCGGAGAUAAGGAGCUUCUUAGGUCUGGCCGGAUAUUACAGACGGUUCGUGAAGGGAUUUGCGAGUAUGGCGUCGCCCAUGACUCGACUCACCGGAAAGGAUGUUCGGUUUGAGUGGUCGGCCGAGUGUGAGAAGUGUUUUGGGAAGCUUAAGGACAUGCUUACCAGCACUCCGGUCUUGACCUUACCGAGGCCGGAUGAGCCGUAUACGGUGUACACAGACGCAUCUAAGACAGGACUUGGGUGUGUACUGAUGCAACACGGAAGUGUUAUUGCCUAUGGGUCUAGGCAGUUGCGGAAACACGAGUGUAACUAUCCUACACACGAUCUGGAGAUGGCCGCGGUAGUGUUCGCGCUGAAGAUUUGGAAACCUUACUUGUAUGGUGCCAAGGUUCAAGUCUUCACGGAUCACAAGAGUUUGAAGUACAUCUUCACUCAGCCAGGUCUGAACAUGAGACAGCAAAGAUGGAUGGAGUCCAUUGCUGAUUUCGAUGUGGAUAUAGCUUACCAUCCGGGUAAAGCUAACUUGGUCGCGGAUGCCUUAAGCCGGAAGAGAGUGGCUAAGGAUUCGGACAAGGAUAUGUCUGGUCUGGUCGAGAUGAUCGGGACAUUAAGACUGGCCGCCUUGACUGACGAAUUGGAACCGUUAGCGUCCAAGAAUGAGCAGACUGAGUAUCAGGUUUCUAAGAAUGGAACGAUCGUGGUGCACGGUCAAGUGUGUGUUCCAAAGGAUCAGGAACUGCGGGAAGAGAUCUUUAAGGAAGCUCACCAUUCAAAGUUUUCCAUUCAUCCGGGAUCGACCAAGAUGUAUCAGGACUUGAAAAGAUACUAUCAUUGGGUCGGGAUGAAGCGGAAUGUGGCUAAGUGGAUAGCCGGAUGCCAAACAUGUCAAAUGGUCAAGGCAGAACAUCAAGUUCCGGGUGGAUUGUCACAAAGUCUACCUAUCCCAUAA